AUGCAGUGGCUAAUUUGGUGCGUGUUUUUUGUCAGUUUACGAUUGGGGAGUUUGCUAAGUCCUGCUUUGGUGAAUGAAACACAGUUGGAUGUAUUGGAUGGUGUAAGUUCCAGAAGGGGCAGAUACUUUCCGUUCUACUCCAUUGGCCGAAUUGCCAACAUUCCUUGUGUGGCAACUAACGGAUUGACCGGGACAUGUCUGAUACGUGGCGAGUGUGCUGACAAUGGUGGGAUAUUUGGAGGAAACUGCAGUACCAAUACCAAUCAGGCGACUUGUUGCCUAUUUAGCCAAACAUGUGGAGGAACGACCAAUCUUAACAGUACAUACUUCACGAAUGUUGGUUAUCCAGGAUCCUUCAACGGUGGUGGAUCGUGCACGUUUACUAUCAAUCCUUGCAGCGCCACGGUUUGCCAACUGCGCAUUGAUUUUCGUUCGCUUACCUUGGCUCAACCGGAUGGUGAUGGGAAUUGCAUCACCGACAUCGUCACAAUUACCGGCGGAAGCUCCGAUGUACCCUUCAUUUGCGGCGAAAAUUCAGGCCAGCAUGUGUACGUAAAUUUCGAUGGUUUAAAUCCAAUUACUAUCAGAAUUGCCACAACAGCGGCCACCUCGUUCAACCGACAGUGGAAUCUUCAGCUGUCUCAAAUUGCGUGUGCAUCUCAGUUCCGGGCUCCGGAAGGUUGCUUGCAGUACUAUUUUGGACUCACGGGAACAAUCAGUAGCUUCAACUAUGGAUUUGGAGCCAAUCCUAACCUGAAUGUAGUAGGCGCAGUCGGGUCUAGACAGAUUGUAAAUCAACACUAUGGCAUUUGCAUCCGAGCGGGACCGGAUAUGUGCACCAUAACUUACAGUUUGCCAGUAAACGGAGGACAGUACGCAUUCACGGUAUCCGGGGCUGCUGAUGCUCUGGAUCCGGCUCUUAUAGGACAAGGGGCUUUCGGUCAAAAUGGGCCGGAUUGUAACACCGAUUAUAUCGUAAUACCAAGUCCAAUUGUGACCGAUCAAGCAGCUGCUGGACUCGAGUUUACGGAUCGGUUUUGCGGUUUGGGAAUCUAUACGGUUACUAGUCAAGUCAAACCGUUCGUUGUUUACGUUUUUUGGGAUGAUAAUGAGAACCCAGAUUCGGCCAACAGAGGCUUUCAAUUGGCCUAUUCCCAGAAUGCUUGUAGUGUAGUUUAA